UGAUGACAACAUCGCAAAAGGAGUUAAAAAAAAAAGGAGCGCAUCUGAAGAUCAAAGCACAAAGUAACGAAGCUAGCCUAGCCAUAGGAAGGAAGAGAAGAAGAAGAAGAAGAUGAAGGCGUUAGGGUAUUGGCUAAUGGUGGUUGGGUCACUGAGAUUAGCUUCGGUUUGGUUUGGUUUCUUCAACAUUUGGGCUCUUCGUCUCGCCGUCUUCUCUCAGACCACCAUGAGUGAAGUUCAUGGACGUACAUUCGGAGUAUGGACACUAUUGACCUGCACUCUCUGCUUUCUUUGUGCAUUCAACCCCGAAAACAAACCGCUAUACUUGGCUACCUUUCUCUCAUUUAUCUACGCCUUAGGCCAUUUUCUGACUGAAUACCUCUUCUACCAUACCAUGACCAUCGCGAAUCUCUCAACAGUAGCCUUCUUUGCAGGCACAUCGAUUGCGUGGAUGCUCUGGGAGUGGAGAUCCCUUGACCAACCGCAUUCCAAACUUGCUUGAUCUUCUUUUUAAGCUGUUGAUUCAUAUUUCAUCUAUAAUCCUUGAAGGAGUCUUUAAGAAGACUUGUGGUACUAUGAGAAUAACUAUAAAGUUCAUGGAUUUGUUUUAUAGGUUGAAGUGUUGUUCCUUUCAAGAGUCUUUUAUAGUUUAAGUUGCAUUGUAAGAUCAGUGGUUACAGAAUGGGAAUACAAAAUUUAUUACUCCUAUAGUUUUAC